AUGACCUCAGUGGCGCCGCCGAUUGUGAAGGAGCACUUUCCGUCUAAGCGGGGAAAGAUGCAAGCACACAAUAUGGCAUUCACUCCACUAGCAUUCUCUAGAAAAAUCGAUGUCGGUUCACCUCCGACCGCUGGGGCAUUUAUGGAGAAACCAUUGAAACAUGCCACACAAUUUCGGAUAUUUUACAACCGCGGAGAUUUUCCAUUGGCUUUGGAGCACGAUAGCAAAGGAAACAAAAUUGCAUGGAAAGUAGAGAUAGAAAAGUUGGAUUAUCACUACUACCUGCCUUUGUUUUUUGAAGGUCUUGCUGAGACCGAACAUCCAUUUGAAUUUUUCGCCCGACAAGGUGAGAUAUUUGUGAGUUGUUUCAUGAACUCUACAGGUGUGCACGAUUUGCUUGAACAUGGAGGGGGUCGUGUACUCAGCGUUGUUCCGCAACUGAUUAUACCAAUCAAAAAUGCUCUGAAUUUAAGAAACCACAAAGUUUGCUGUUCAGUUUUAAAAGCAAUCCAACAUCUGGUCAUUUGCGAGGAAAUGAUUGGUGAAGCACUAGUUCCAUAUUAUAGACAACUUCUCCCCGUCAUGAACACCUUCAUCAAUAAAAACAAAAAUUUGGGAGACGGAAUUGAUUACAGCCAGCAGAAACGUGAAAACCUUGGCGACCUAGUUCAUGAAACACUGCAGUUACUAGAGAAGCAUGGUGGGGAAAACGCUUUCAUUAACAUAAAGUACAUGAUCCCAACAUAUGAGUCAUGUAUGCUUCAGUGA